AUGGGCGGCCGCCCCGCGCGCACGGCCGGCGCCGCUUUUAAAGGGGCAGAGCCCCGCGCGGCGCCCUUUAUCCGCCGGGUCCCGCCCGGCGCGGGGCGGUUCCGGGGCGGCUCCGCGGCGCGCGGCGGCGCUUCCGCCACCAUGAACUACAUGCCGGGCACGGCCAGCCUCAUCCAGGACAUCGACAAGAAGCACCUGGUCCUGCUGCGGGACGGGCGGACGCUGAUCGGGUUCCUGCGCAGCAUCGAUCAGUUCGCGAACCUGGUGCUGCACCAGACCGUGGAGCGCAUUCACGUGGGCAAGAAGUACGGGGACAUCCCCCGAGGGAUCUUCGUCGUGAGGGGCGAGAACGUCGUGCUGCUGGGGGAGAUCGACCUGGAGAAGGAGAGCGACACGCUGCUGCAGCAGGUGUCCAUCGAGGAGAUCCUGGAGGAGCAGCGGCUGGAGCUGCAGGCCAAGCAGGAGUCGGAGAAGCUGAAGGUGCAGGCGCUGAAGGAGCGCGGGCUGGCGGUGCCGAGGGCUGACACGUUGGAUGAGUACUGACGGGACCUCGGCACCGCGCUGCGCGGGGCGGGCGCUGGAAUCGUGGCUUCGGUUCCUCCUUGAGGAAAAGGAGGAGCCAUGGAGCUGGGGGGGCCCUCGGAGGGAAGCGGCCGCUCCGGGGGGUGUGGGGGUUUCUGUUCGGAGGUGGCUGCCUCUGUUCUUUUGGUUUGUGGCUUCUGGCUCCUCGCGUGGAGCUGGGAGAGAGCUUCCCUUGACCUGUAAAUAAAUCCCUGAUCUCAGCA